AUGUUGCGUUGUGUAAAACGAAAAUCAAGUAAGAGUAGGACACCAGCAACCGGUAGUUCAAAUGAAAGAGGUUGUUCCACAUUACCACGUAUGUUUUACCGGUCGGACAGUGAAGAAAAUGUGUCAGAAAAACCGUCAUCUUCGUCCUUUACUAGAUUAACAAGAUGGACAACAGAAAAAAAGUCUGCUACAUUAGCCGCUGGCUCCACAUUAUCUUCUGGAAAUGAUACAAAACCAAAGAGUAAACCCCUCACAUUUCUGCGCACAUUAUCUUUGGGUUCAUUAUUUUCUCCCUCAAGAAAACGUCGAAAAGAUGAUUCAACCACCGCUUACUCGUCAGGUUUAAUGUCACCUGAUGUAGAGUUACAAACAUUUUCAAAUGAGUCACAGGCUAAUAUUCACCAAGAACAAAAUGAAACUGAUAUUAGUCCAUCAGAAGGAUCACUCACACCAACUGGAGAUGAAACUUAUCAAUCACAGCUUAGCAAACAAGAGUUAUACUUAGAGAAAUUAACAAGAGAUGCUUAUAACUAUCUAGGCGAUGAGACAAAUAAAACUCCGACAGAUGAAAAUCCGCGUAAUGUAUCUGAGGCAAAACAUUUGAAAAGAUAUCCAGAUGAUCAGCAUGAUUCCGGAAGGAGUUCAACUAGAGAAUCAGCGGAUGUCUCUGUGGCAUCUGAAGGUCCAAAAAAGAAAACAGCCAUAAAUGAUAUACCUCUUGAACUAGAAAGGAAAACAUCACAACCAGAUAAACAUUGGCACGUUUCAACUAAUCCAAAACAAGCUGAUCUCAAUCAAAGCUUUCUACGUGCAGCUAGAGCUGGAAAUUUGGAAAAAUUACGUGAAUUACUCAAUAAAAUAACCGACAUCAACGUUUCGAAUACUAAUGGACUAAACGCAUUGCACUUAGCGUGUAAAGAAGGCAAAACUGAUGUUGUGAAGGAAUUAUUAUCGCGUGGCGCAUCGGUGCAUUUGAUCACAAGAAAAGGCAAUACUGCUCUACAUAUUGCUAGCCUAGCAGGACAUCUAGAGAUUGUACAACUAUUAGUUGAUUAUGGAGCUGAUGUAAAUGCUCAGUCUCAAAACGGAUUCACACCUCUUUACAUGUCGGCUCAAGAAAACCAUGUUGAAGUUGUUCAGUACCUUUUGGAUAAAUCUGCUAAUCAGGCUCUGUCAACGGAGGAUGGUUUUACGCCACUUGCGGUGGCAUUACAGCAAGGACAUGAUCGUGUUAUAACCCUGCUACUGGAAAGGGAUUCUCGCGGAAAAUGUCGCUUACCCGCUCUACACAUUGCUGCUAAGAAGGAUGACGUUCAUGCUGCUAAACUGUUACUCAAUAACAGCGAAAUAAAUGUUGAUCAUACGUCGGCUAGUGGAUUUACGCCAUUACAUAUUGCUGCUCAUUAUGGAAAUGUUAAUAUGGCUAAAUUGUUGAUCGAAAGAGGAGCAAAUAUUAAUUACCAAGCAAAAAAUUCUAUAACACCGUUACAUGUAGCUGCUAAAUGGGGAAAGAAUGAAGUUGUUGGAGAAUUGAUUCUAGCAGGAGCUGAAAUCAACGCCCGCACGCGAGAUGGACUGACACCGUUACACUGUGCAUCUCGUGCAUGCCAAAUUGACACUGUGGAAUAUUUACUGAAAAAUGGAGCUGAUCAUUCUUUAAAAACAAAGAAUGGAUUGACGCCAUUGCAUUUGGCUGCACAAGGUGCUAAUGAAAGAGUUGUUCAGUUACUAUUACAGAAUGGAUCUAAUCCGGAUGAUGUGACCAUUGAUUACCUGACUCCUUUACAUGUUGCAGCUCAUUGCGGCAAUGUAGAUGUGGCUCGCGCUCUAUUGAAUUCCCGUUGUAAUGUCAAUGCAAGAGCUCUGAAUGGAUUUACUGCCCUUCAUAUAGCAUGCAAAAAGUCACGGGUUGAAAUGGCCUCAAUUCUUCUUAAAUAUGGAGCUCUAAUAGAAGCAGCCACAGAGACUGGUCUCACUCCAUUACAUGUGGCUGCAUUUGUUGGAUGUAUAGAGAUUGUCUCAUUCCUUUUACAACAUGGUACAAAUGUAAAUCAAACGACUUUGCGUAAUGAAACUGCACUACAUUUAGCGACUAGAAAUCGACAACUGGAGACAGUGAGAACUCUUCUUGGUCACCAAGCUAAUUUGGAUUGCCGUACAAGAGAUAACCAAACACCCUUACAUGUCGCUGUACGUACAAAUUUUCUGCCUAUUGUUGAACUGUUGUUGGAUGCUGGUUCGGAUCCUAAUAUAAUGACAAGAGAUAAUUAUGCACCAUUACAUAUAGCUAUCAAAGAAGACUCAGAAGAUAUUGUCAAACUAUUGAUUGAGCACGACGCCAAUCCGGAAGUUAAAACAAAGAAAGGGUUUACACCCUUACAUUUAGCUGCUAAAUAUGGUUCAUACAAAACUGCUCACUUGUUAAUGGACAAAGCUAAGUCUAAUCCAAACGCAAUUGGUCCCAAUGGCUUCACACCUGUUCAUGUGGCCACCUAUUACAAUGAUAACAAAAUGUUGGAUAAAUUGAUAGAAUUUGGAGGUGAUGUCAAUCGACCUGUUAAGAAUGGCUUUACACCACUUCAUCUGGCAGCUAAACGAAAUCAACUUGACUCAAUCCGUUUAUUAGCAUCUAAAGGAGCCAUCAUUGACAAAGGUUCAAGAAACGGUUAUACACCACUUCAUUUAGCUUCACAAGAUGGUCGAAUGGAAAUAGUUAAAGUUCUUGUUGAAGAAUACAAAGCUCAGGUGGAUACUGCAGCCAAGGACGGUUUAACGCCCUUACAUUUGGCGGUACAGGAAGAUAAAGUAAACGUAGCUGAAUAUUUACUGAAUUCAGGAGCGUCCAUUGAUACGAAGACACUGAAAGCUGGAUUUACACCACUACAUUCAUGUGCUUAUAGGGGACAGCUGGCCUCUGUUCGUCUGCUUCUAUCACGUGUUCCUGAACAUGAACUUCCACAAUUUAUAAACUGUCGUACCCACAUGGGCUCAACUCCGCUGCAUCUGGCAGCACAACAAGGUCAUCUACAAGUAGCGCUGAAAUUAAUUCAAAUGGGAGCUAAUCCAAACAUUUGUAAUAAGCAAGGAUGGACAGCAGCGAAAUUAGCUCAUAAACAACAUUAUUUAAACUUGUUCGAAAUGUUGCAAUCGAUUACAACUGAUGGAACUGACGCGAUUUCGCCCGGUUCAGAUGGAAUAGAUGACAAUAUAAAUUUAAAUAAUGGUCUAUUGCCUUUAGAAAAAGCGGAACAUAUGACAGAUCACAUGAUUUCAGAUAGCGAGGAUGAAGGAGACAACGAUAUAACAACAAUUCCAAGUACACCAACCAUGGAUAAUAAGCAAAUAUCAGUCCGUCCAAAGACACUACAUAUUCCUGGAAAUCGUUUGACUGCUUCUGGCGUCGAGACAGUUCGCUCCAGUCGUUAUGAAAGUAUACCUGAAGAACAUGUGAAACCAAUGCUCAAUGGGAAAGUUGAUCCAUUUUCAACUUCACAACAACUACUUCAGAUGACUGUUACUGAAGCUUCACCCGCUGCUCAAUCAGAAUGGGAUUUCGAUGUAGAUAAUGUUCAUUCCGCAAAGAAUUUGAUAAAAUCAGGGUUUCUUAUCUCCUUCAUCAUCGAUGCUCGAGGUGGUUUAGUCGAGGCUCAAAGACGACCUGGUUUACGAUUUCUUGUACCACCUAAUGCAGUUUCUGGACCUUUACGUAUAAUUUGUCGUCUACUCCGUCCAGAAACUAUUGACAAUCCUCCAGUUUUUAAUGACGGUGAUUGUUUAGCCUGUCGGGUUAUUGAAAUGAAUCCAACUCAGAUGCGUUUCACUUUGCCCGUCCUUAUUGAAGUGCCCCAUAUUGCAUCUGUUAGAGGAAGAGAACGUGAAGUCCUAAUAAUUAGGAGUGAAACGGGAAAUUCAUGGAAAGAACACACAUUAGAAUCGACUGAGCUGGCGAUAAAUGAUUCAUUGAGUGAUGCAUUUGAUCAUUCCGACUUGAAUACUUCAAGUCUUAACAAACGCAUUCACCGGAUAUUGACUUAUGACUUUCCACAAUAUUUCGCUUUGAUUUCGAGAUUUCGUCAAGAAGUUGCUUUCAUUGGUUCAGACGGUGGACUGAUCAGCUCCACAGUAGCACCACAAGUUCAAGCUGUGUUUCCUCCAGGAUCACUUCAAAAAAGAAUUAAAGUUGGCUUGCAAGCCCAACUUAUCCAUAAUGAUAUCAUCAGCCGUUUAGCAGGUGAUCAUGUUUCUGUAUCUCCUGUCGUAAGCAUCGAGCCAAGGCGACGCAAAUUUCACAAGCCCAUCACACUUACAAUACCGGUUCCACGUCAUUCAGCUAAAACUAGUCCAGAUACAACAAAUAACGCAUCAAAACUUCGACUUCUAUGUAGCUUAUCUGGCGGGAUAAAUGCAGCUGUAUGGGAAGACAUAACUGGUUCAACACCUAUGACACGUCACAAAGAUUGUGUUUCAUUUACUACAACUGUUUCUGCCAGAUUAUGGUUAAUGGAUUGCCCUUCUGGUAUUCCAGUCUCAGAGCUUGCAACUCGCAUUUAUAGUGAAAGUAUUCAACCACCAAUUUUUGGAAGAUUUGUUAUUUAUGCGCGUCAAUCAACCGAUCUGGAUGCAGAAAUAGAACUCGAAACUCCAGAUAAACUACCAAGACAACUUGCGCAUGUUCAAGAUAUGAAAAGAAGUAUUUCACGUAUCAAACAUUUCGCAACCGAAUUCGCUCAUAUUAGAUGUGUCUGUCUGACAGAUGACAAUAAUGAUAAGACUUUGGAGUGUUUGGAGCACUAUUGUCAAGUUGCUAUCGGUCCAUUUGUAGAAAUUGAACAAAACAAGCCUAUCUGGAUUGAAAUGGUUGGAAAUCUGGUACCAGUGUUAAGAUCCGGAGAGCAGUUGAAUUUUACCGUCCGACCAUUCCACGAGAAUCGAAUCACAUUCCCAGUUCGUUUGCGAGACGUACUAGAUCAAGAACCAGAUGCGAAUACAGUUACCGGGAAAGUCGCAUUUAUGCGUGAACCUCGCAAAAUUCAAACUAAUUUGGAUACGACUAGCUCUCAAACGCAACGUCCACUUACUCUACUAGAAUUCAAACUUCCGAACCCAGACCAAAAUGUUGUCAUACCUACAAGAGAACCGGGUAUAAUUGGGCGUUCUGAGCUUGAUCGUCAAAUGCUGUCACUUGAAAUCGGGGAAGAUUGGAGACGAUUAGCACCUCUUCUUGGUUUCUCUGAACAGGAUAUUAAGAAUAUUGAAAGAAUCCCAUUGAAUUAUAGGACAUCUGGUGGUACGAUUGAAAAUCAACGGGCGGAGAAUAUGCUUGUCUUAUGGCAACAUCGAUUAGCGUCAUCGGGUAUAAGAGACAAAGAUGCUUUAGGUAAUUGUCUGGCUGAUGCGCUCAUCAAAAUAAAUCGAUCUGAUGCUAUUCAUCCAAGCAUGACUGACGUACAACCAGUAACGGCAAAAGAGGAAAUAACAACUGCAACCAAAGUCUUGGAAGAACGCCCUAUCCUGCCUUCGGUUGCUGAAGAGAUUUUGCCAAAUGCAACAACAAACGAAGUACUAACGUAUCCGAGACGCAAAGAAACAGAUAGUUCUCCAGAUAUGAAAUAUCAAGAAAAGGAAGAAACGAGAAAAUUAGAUACAGAUCUAGUUUUGUCUUGGUCUGAAAAUGCAUUUCUUUCGUCAGAUGAAGGUGUUUCGACUAUUUCGGUUUCUGGUGAAACAGAUGGCAUUCGAAAACCAGAAGCAACCGUUUUACAGUCUGUUUCUCAGACUGAUGUUACAGACCAAGAAAAACUUUCUGUUGAUGUCCACACCGUUCCAUCCGUGUUUACUUCUGUUGAUAAUGUACCAGAUAAAGUACUAGAGUUAAAUCACAUAAACGACAUUGGUCAAGAAAAACCCUGUAUCGACUGGCAAGAAGCUUUACUAACACAUUUGAAAUCAGUUGGUGUUCUUUUAGAUUUCCCAACAAAUUUCAGUCAGUCAUCAGAUAAACGAAUCGAAGAACCUGACAGUCAUCUAACAGAAGUUUUUAUAAAACCAAAAAGUCAAUAUGUUGAACACAAGUCUACUUCAACUGACAAAAAGGUGAUAGAAUAUGUUGUACAGGACUUAUUAGAUACCAUUGGACCACAAUUUGACGAAUCCACUGCUUCAGUUGAUCAGCGACUACCAAUCGAUCAUGAAGAAAUAAUGGAAGAUAUAAUUGAACAAACGAAAUUUGAUCGUAAGGCACAGGAAAUCUCCGUUUCGAAAGAUUCUGAGUCUAUGAUUGCCCCGAGUAUUGAGUCAGUCAUGCCGCAAAUCUCCCCUACUGAAGAAGAUACAUCAACUGAGGUUUUAGGAGUGAGUAAACCUCAAAAAACAGAUGAAACACUGAAAGAACAAGUCCCAGCCAAACAGUCAGCCAUGAAGUCUUUGCUAACAACGGAAGAACUCAGCUAUACAUCUCUGCAAGAAGAAUUGAAUGAAGAAUUUCUUACUCCGUGCUCAGAAAACUUGCAAGAUGAACAAUUAUUCGAAAAUGCAUAUCAGAGAGCAGUAAUAGUCCAUGAAAGGAAAACGAUUGACAGCGUUCAAUCAUUUAAAGUAGUAGAACCUGAAGUCUUACUUAAAGAAUCUGAUAUUGAAACACCUCCUUUCGAAAAGCAACCUCAGAUUCAAACAAAAUAUAUGCUUCAUUCAGAUUCAGCCGGUAUCAGUGCGAUUCAGUCAGUGCCAAAAGAAUCACAUGAGAUUGAAGAAGUUGAGGAAAUUCUACCUGAUGGUACAGUCGUCACAAAACGCACAGAACUUGAAGAAACCACUCUAUCAGUUAGUUCAGAUGAAUGGGAACUGGGUAUACAAGCAGCGUUUGAAUCUGGAGGUUAUUUAGUUGAAAAACCAGAAGAAAUCACAGACGUGGAACAUGUAGAAGAAACAUUACCAGAUGGAACUGUAAUCACACGCUUAAUAACAACAAAGAGAGUGGUUGAUAGAGUUUUUGAACGUUCGAUUUCAGAAGAACAGUCACUGUCACAUGGUGUAAAUGAAAAAAUGAUUACAGAAAUCAGUUCAGUGAUACCUGAAGUUCCAACUACAGAAGAUCAAUAUGUGCAUCAUGAAACGACCAGUCAUAAAAACCUAGACAUACAAGCAGCUGACCUGAAUAUAAACAAUGUGCCAUCACCAAAUUUAAUGCAUGAUACACAGCAUGAUCAGUUACCUGCUUUGGAGACCAUUGAAGACGUGAAAAUAGAAAAUGAGAAAGAAAUAAUACAACAAACCUACAGCGCAGAACCAACAAGCAUGAGAGAUAUACAAUCUGAAAUAAUAGUUGGACAGAAAGAAAUUGAAUUGUCAGACGAAACCAAACAAAUAAAACAUGCUACAAUAGAACAAGUAAGCUAUAGGAUCAGUGAGGAAAGUAUCGAAGAAAACACGGAAAACAAUGUGAGAAAGAUAGCAGCGAUUAAAACAUAUUCAAAAGACUUGGAAGAAAUAGAUGGAGGAGCACUUAAAACAAUGAAAGAAAUAGUAAGACACAGAAUAAGUAAAGAAGAGGACGAACUUAUGAAAACAAAAGAAACUGAAAUAGUAUCAGAAAAACAAGAAGAAAAAAAAGAGACAGAAGCAGCAAUAAAGCAAGAGAGACAGAGAGAAAUAAAAUCGUACGACGAAGCGGUGAAAGCUAAAUCGGCAGGACAAGAGGUCAAUGAGAGGUUGAGGCAAGUUGAAGCGGACGCAGAAAGUGAAGCGGCAGAACAGGUUGAAUCGGAACGUGUGUCUGUGUUCGCACCAGUCGAAUUGGAGUCUGAGGCGCUUGCAGAGACUGCAGCACAACCGGAACGGGAACGAUUGGUUGAGGAGCGUGUCGGUGAGAUGGAGGCGGCGGAAUAUGGUGAAGUUGGUGAAGGCGUAUUUGAAGGGGAGGUGGAAGCUGAGUCGGUAGUGGAAGUGUUCGGUGAGACAUUGGGGCAAGUUGAAGCGGACGCAGAAAGUGAAGCGGCAGAACAGGUUGAAUCGGAACGUGUGUCUGUGUUCGCACCAGUCGAAUUGGAGUCUGAGGCGCUUGCAGAGACUGCAGCACAACCGGAACGGGAACGAUUGGUUGAGGAGCGUGUCGGUGAGAUGGAGGCGGCGGAAUAUGGUGAAGUUGGUGAAGGCGUAUUUGAAGGGGAGGUGGAAGCUGAGUCGGUAGUGGAAGUGUUCGGUGAGACAUUGGGGCAAGUUGAAGCGGACGCAGAAAGUGAAGCGGCAGAACAGGUUGAAUCGGAACGUGUGUCUGUGUUCGCACCAGUCGAAUUGGAGUCUGAGGCGCUUGCAGAGACUGCAGCACAACCGGAACGGGAAGGAUUGGUUGAGGAGCGUGUCGGUGAGAUGGAGGCGGCGGAAUAUGGUGAAGUUGGUGAAGGCGUAUUUGAAGGGGAGGUGGAAGCUGAGUCGGUAGUGGAAGUGUUCGGUGAGACAUUGGGGCAAGUUGAAGCGGACGCAGAAAGUGAAGCGGCAGAACAGGUUGAAUCGGAACGUGUGUCUGUGUUCGCACCAGUCGAAUUGGAGUCUGAGGCGCUUGCAGAGACUGCAGCACAACCGGAACGGGAACGAUUGGUUGAGGAGCGUGUCGGUGAGAUGGAGGCGGCGGAAUAUGGUGAAGUUGGUGAAGGCGUAUUUGAAGGGGAGGUGGAAGCUGAGUCGGUAGUGGAAGUGUUCGGUGAGACAUUGGGGCAAGUUGAAGCGGACGCAGAAAGUGAAGCGGCAGAACAGGUUGAAUCGGAACGUGUGUCUGUGUUCGCACCAGUCGAAUUGGAGUCUGAGGCGCUUGCAGAGACUGCAGCACAACCGGAACGGGAACGAUUGGUUGAGGAGCGUGUCGGUGAGAUGGAGGCGGCGGAAUAUGGUGAAGUUGGUGAAGGCGUAUUUGAAGGGGAGGUGGAAGCUGAGUCGGUAGUGGAAGUGUUCGGUGAGACAUUGGGGCAAGUUGAAGCGGACGCAGAAAGUGAAGCGGCAGAACAGGUUGAAUCGGAACGUGUGUCUGUGUUCGCACCAGUCGAAUUGGAGUCUGAGGCGCUUGCAGAGACUGCAGCACAACCGGAACGGGAACGAUUGGUUGAGGAGCGUGUCGGUGAGAUGGAGGCGGCGGAAUAUGGUGAAGUUGGUGAAGGCGUAUUUGAAGGGGAGGUGGAAGCUGAGUCGGUAGUGGAAGUGUUCGGUGAGACAUUGGGGCAAGUUGAAGCGGACGCAGAAAGUGAAGCGGCAGAACAGGUUGAAUCGGAACGUGUGUCUGUGUUCGCACCAGUCGAAUUGGAGUCUGAGGCGCUUGCAGAGACUGCAGCACAACCGGAACGGGAACGAUUGGUUGAGGAGCGUGUCGGUGAGAUGGAGGCGGCGGAAUAUGGUGAAGUUGGUGAAGGCGUAUUUGAAGGGGAGGUGGAAGCUGAGUCGGUAGUGGAAGUGUUCGGUGAGACAUUGGGGCAAGUUGAAGCGGACGCAGAAAGUGAAGCGGCAGAACAGGUUGAAUCGGAACGUGUGUCUGUGUUCGCACCAGUCGAAUUGGAGUCUGAGGCGCUUGCAGAGACUGCAGCACAACCGGAACGGGAACGAUUGGUUGAGGAGCGUGUCGGUGAGAUGGAGGCGGCGGAAUAUGGUGAAGUUGGUGAAGGCGUAUUUGAAGGGGAGGUGGAAGCUGAGUCGGUAGUGGAAGUGUUCGGUGAGACAUUGGGGCAAGUUGAAGCGGACGCAGAAAGUGAAGCGGCAGAACAGGUUGAAUCGGAACGUGUGUCUGUGUUCGCACCAGUCGAAUUGGAGUCUGAGGCGCUUGCAGAGACUGCAGCACAACCGGAACGGGAACGAUUGGUUGAGGAGCGUGUCGGUGAGAUGGAGGCGGCGGAAUAUGGUGAAGUUGGUGAAGGCGUAUUUGAAGGGGAGGUGGAAGCUGAGUCGGUAGUGGAAGUGUUCGGUGAGACAUUGGGGCAAGUUGAAGCGGACGCAGAAAGUGAAGCGGCAGAACAGGUUGAAUCGGAACGUGUGUCUGUGUUCGCACCAGUCGAAUUGGAGUCUGAGGCGCUUGCAGAGACUGCAGCACAACCGGAACGGGAACGAUUGGUUGAGGAGCGUGUCGGUGAGAUGGAGGCGGCGGAAUAUGGUGAAGUUGGUGAAGGCGUAUUUGAAGGGGAGGUGGAAGCUGAGUCGGUAGUGGAAGUGUUCGGUGAGACAUUGGGGCAAGUUGAAGCGGACGCAGAAAGUGAAGCGGCAGAACAGGUUGAAUCGGAACGUGUGUCUGUGUUCGCACCAGUCGAAUUGGAGUCUGAGGCGCUUGCAGAGACUGCAGCACAACCGGAACGGGAACGAUUGGUUGAGGAGCGUGUCGGUGAGAUGGAGGCGGCGGAAUAUGGUGAAGUUGGUGAAGGCGUAUUUGAAGGGGAGGUGGAAGCUGAGUCGGUAGUGGAAGUGUUCGGUGAGACAUUGGGGCAAGUUGAAGCGGACGCAGAAAGUGAAGCGGCAGAACAGGUUGAAUCGGAACGUGUGUCUGUGUUCGCACCAGUCGAAUUGGAGUCUGAGGCGCUUGCAGAGACUGCAGCACAACCGGAACGGGAACGAUUGGUUGAGGAGCGUGUCGGUGAGAUGGAGGCGGCGGAAUAUGGUGAAGUUGGUGAAGGCGUAUUUGAAGGGGAGGUGGAAGCUGAGUCGGUAGUGGAAGUGUUCGGUGAGACAUUGGGGCAAGUUGAAGCGGACGCAGAAAGUGAAGCGGCAGAACAGGUUGAAUCGGAACGUGUGUCUGUGUUCGCACCAGUCGAAUUGGAGUCUGAGGCGCUUGCAGAGACUGCAGCACAACCGGAACGGGAACGAUUGGUUGAGGAGCGUGUCGGUGAGAUGGAGGCGGCGGAAUAUGGUGAAGUUGGUGAAGGCGUAUUUGAAGGGGAGGUGGAAGCUGAGUCGGUAGUGGAAGUGUUCGGUGAGACAUUGGGGCAAGUUGAAGCGGACGCAGAAAGUGAAGCGGCAGAACAGGUUGAAUCGGAACGUGUGUCUGUGUUCGCACCAGUCGAAUUGGAGUCUGAGGCGCUUGCAGAGACUGCAGCACAACCGGAACGGGAACGAUUGGUUGAGGAGCGUGUCGGUGAGAUGGAGGCGGCGGAAUAUGGUGAAGUUGGUGAAGGCGUAUUUGAAGGGGAGGUGGAAGCUGAGUCGGUAGUGGAAGUGUUCGGUGAGACAUUGGGGCAAGUUGAAGCGGACGCAGAAAGUGAAGCGGCAGAACAGGUUGAAUCGGAACGUGUGUCUGUGUUCGCACCAGUCGAAUUGGAGUCUGAGGCGCUUGCAGAGACUGCAGCACAACCGGAACGGGAAGGAUUGGUUGAGGAGCGUGUCGGUGAGAUGGAGGCGGCGGAAUAUGGUGAAGUUGGUGAAGGCGUAUUUGAAGGGGAGGUGGAAGCUGAGUCGGUAGUGGAAGUGUUCGGUGAGACAUUGGGGCAAGUUGAAGCGGACGCAGAAAGUGAAGCGGCAGAACAGGUUGAAUCGGAACGUGUGUCUGUGUUCGCACCAGUCGAAUUGGAGUCUGAGGCGCUUGCAGAGACUGCAGCACAACCGGAACGGGAAGGAUUGGUUGAGGAGCGUGUCGGUGAGAUGGAGGCGGCGGAAUAUGGUGAAGUUGGUGAAGGCGUAUUUGAAGGGGAGGUGGAAGCUGAGUCGGUAGUGGAAGUGUUCGGUGAGACAUUGGGGCAAGUUGAAGCGGACGCAGAAAGUGAAGCGGCAGAACAGGUUGAAUCGGAACGUGUGUCUGUGUUCGCACCAGUCGAAUUGGAGUCUGAGGCGCUUGCAGAGACUGCAGCACAACCGGAACGGGAAGGAUUGGUUGAGGAGCGUGUCGGUGAGAUGGAGGCGGCGGAAUAUGGUGAAGUUGGUGAAGGCGUAUUUGAAGGGGAGGUGGAAGCUGAGUCGGUAGUGGAAGUGUUCGGUGAGACAUUGGGGCAAGUUGAAGCGGACGCAGAAAGUGAAGCGGCAGAACAGGUUGAAUCGGAACGUGUGUCUGUGUUCGCACCAGUCGAAUUGGAGUCUGAGGCGCUUGCAGAGACUGCAGCACAACCGGAACGGGAAGGAUUGGUUGAGGAGCGUGUCGGUGAGAUGGAGGCGGCGGAAUAUGGUGAAGUUGGUGAAGGCGUAUUUGAAGGGGAGGUGGAAGCUGAGUCGGUAGUGGAAGUGUUCGGUGAGACAUUGGGGCAAGUUGAAGCGGACGCAGAAAGUGAAGCGGCAGAACAGGUUGAAUCGGAACGUGUGUCUGUGUUCGCACCAGUCGAAUUGGAGUCUGAGGCGCUUGCAGAGACUGCAGCACAACCGGAACGGGAACGAUUGGUUGAGGAGCGUGUCGGUGAGAUGGAGGCGGCGGAAUAUGGUGAAGUUGGUGAAGGCGUAUUUGAAGGGGAGGUGGAAGCUGAGUCGGUAGUGGAAGUGUUCGGUGAGACAUUGGGGCAAGUUGAAGCGGACGCAGAAAGUGAAGCGGCAGAGCAGUUUGUUUCGGAUAGUGUUUCGUUUUUCGUUUCACCUUCGUUGUCUUUUGUAGAUAAUUUUUUUUUUACUGCUUCUGAAUUGCCGGUUUCUUGCACUGUCUGCACGGCGAGUCAUGCAUCUAUUUCUCUCUGUCACAUUGAUCCUGUUCUUUCCAUCUCUCAGUCUCCGAUAUCUUCAUCUCAAUCUCUUCAUGCCGGUUUGUCUGAUUUUUCUCGUAUGCAUUUGGAUUCUGCUUCGCUUGAUUCGAAUAUUCUCGCUGUUGCACCUGAAGGCCUGUUUCUUGGUCUGAGUCAAUUUGUUCGUCAUUCAACUGAAUCCUUUUCUGAACUUCAUAGUUUUUCUAUAGAAGAUAGCGUUAUUCCUAAAGAGUGUUCUGACGUUUCUGUUUCUUCUCACUGUGGAGAAAUCGAUGGAGAGAUUUCUGAUCAUGUUCAAACUUCUCCAUUUCAUGACACGUCUCUGGAAUCCAUACCUCCUUUCAAACCUGAAGCUUCUGUCCUUGCUCUAUCUGAAUAUGAAUAUCUAUCAGUCGAUGAACUUAGAUCAAGCAAUAGAUUACCAUCUAUUAUUCAGGCCACCGCAAAUGUGAUUGAUUCGUCUGAUAUUCAGGAAGUAUCUCAGGAGGAUUUUAUUAAUAAUGACUUGUCAAUAACAGAUGACCAAACUGUUUUGCUUGCUUCUGGUUCAAAUUUAAUUGAUCACUUCACUUUUGAAUCUAAUACUGAAUACGAUUCUUUGGAUUGUGCAAAUAAAUUGUUAACUGAUAGCUUUGAUGAAGUGAUUAUUGAAAAACCCAGCCAUGAAUUAAAAAUGUCAUCUGUAUCUAGCAAUGAAGAUUCAUUAAAUGAUCAACCUGAAUCAGGUGAAUCAUUAGUAACUGAAACAAUUCCGAAGUCAGAUAUUUUAGAUAAAUCUCCUUCUUCAGAAAAAGCUAACUUGACUUAUCUUGCAGCAGCAUCAGGAGCAAGUGUUGCUAUGGAAUUCACAGAUGAGGAAGAGGAAGAAGAUGAGUUCUCUAUAUUGUGUCCUGGUAGGUUGAAAUCAUCCGAACAUGGAGAUUCCAAUCAGCUAGUGCAUUCAGCUCUUGACAGGUCUGCCCGAAUGCUCACUCGUCUACAAACCUAUGGCUUCCGAGGUAACUUGAUGGCUACAACUUCGCUUAGCAAUCUUAACUGGCGUGCAUCAGAAACAAAAUUAACCACCCCACACAAAGAAUUCUUCGAAAAUGAUGAGAGGACCAUUUCAAAAGGACAUGAAAAUAUACUUAUAUCAAACAAACAGAUGAUCACAGAACCCAGUCAUGAUGAAUUAGACAAUUUUGAUGGCGAUAGCCUUGAAGGAUUCAGCAAUACGUUUGAAUUUGGUAGUAUUGAUAGCCCAUCACGUGAAAUAAUCACAGACGAAACCGAAGGUGUUAGUACUGGUCUGCCUCCGAUUCUUGAAACAGUUAAUACAAAUCAACUCAAGUUUGAAAGUGGGUUAAAAUCUGAUACAGACGGUCAAAAAGACUCUUUUAUUGAAAAAGAAAUAUCCAUUCAGCAACAUUUAGAUUCAGAAAGUUUAAUCUCCUCUCAGUCAAUUGCCGUUACAAAAAUUCCAUUUAGCCCAGAUCCUGAAUUUCAAACAAGUUCCACUCCAGAUGAAUCAAGUCUUAGCAGUUACUCUACGGUUGUGAAUGUUGGAAGAAUGAACCAAUCACCAAUAAUCUCUCAACUAUCAAGGGGAAAUAUAACAGAUGAAAAGCUGUUGUCGCAGAGUUUUUCUUCCCAAGGACAUGAUUUUGUCGCUGGUGAACUCAAAAGUGUUCAGUUACUGGAUUCAAGAACCACCCUAGAGUCUAUUGAAAGCGAUCUUGAUCUUCUUGAUGAUGAAAUAAAACUAGGAGACGAUAAAGCUAAGUUAACACCUGGGAAGAGUUUGGUUCAUUUGUCUAGUGUCCCUAAAAGAAAGCCAGUUAAUUAUAAAUCUAACCUAUUAGGAUCAGAACCUGUGGUAGGAAGUACUACAUUACAGACAUCUACAGAUUUCGGUAGCAUUCCACUGUCACAACCCAUCUACUCUGAUCAAGGAUGUAUCAAUAUAACGAAACCCUAUUUUCAUGAAACAAUCGAAGGACACAUCAGUUUUCCACGAAUUUCAGAGGGUUCCUCUGAGAAUCAGUUAGAGUUUUCAAGUGAUCGGGUUAAAUCGACACCAUCUAGUAUUUAUCUAAAAAGAGGAUUAAAAACAUGUGAUGAGAACGUCGCUAGCAGCUCAUUGCCCGAACUUGAAAGAUUUGGAAAAGAACUGGGUAACAGCGAUUCUACUUCUCCUAGUAGUGGUCAUAAGGGAAGCGGUGAAGAUGUCAGUUCUCACACUUCGUCACUUUCUGAGUAUCUGCGUCAUGAGAAAGAAUGUGAAAGUUGCGAUGAAAGCUUGAUAUUACCCUUCGACUCAAGAAUUACACUAGAAUUCAACGACUUGAUAGAUAUGAAUGAUAAAGCAAAAACAGUGGUCACAGAAAUGUUAACUUCAAACAACUUGACCUCACGUUAUGGACAAAUCUCAACUAUUUAUGAAGACUUAGCGGAACAUAAUAUAAAUUCACUCUCGCAGAGUAUAGAAUCUCCAACUACUUCCGUUCAUUCAGUUAAAGAAGAUGAUCAGAUAUCAUGUACAUACUUAAAUCAAAACGAUGAAAAUAAAUCACAGGUUGGUUGUUCUGAUUCUGAACUCCUAUUAAUACAUUCAAAUAUAUCCGGUGAUCCUUUACAAGCCGAAACGACAGGAAAAAGUUUAACUUCUAGUUCAGAAAUAGAACCGUUACUGAAUAAAGUUGAGGAUUAUUUAAUAGGAGUAGAAGAAACUGACUCAUUAAUUUGUUCUUCAAUUUAUGAUUCUUUAGUACCUUCUGGCUAUGAAAAUAGUUUAUAUGAUGCAAAAUCGAACGUGAAUUUCGGAAUAAAUGAUAAUUGGAGAGACCUUGUAUCAUCACGCAGAAUGGAUUCAUUAGAUGAAAACGAAUAUGAACAACUCAGUAAAACUGCUGAUUCCCUUAGCCCUAAUUCAUCAUCAGCUAUUUCAAACAGGAAAGAAGAAAACACAUUAAACCCUCCCGAAAAUAAUGAACAAGGUACAACAGAAUUUGAUUCUGUCCAUAUAGACAACUUACAUCAACAAUACAUAGGAACUAUUGGUAUGGUGUUUUCAAAUGAAUCUUAUUCUAAUGAGAGAAGUCCCAUGGUUUAUGAGAAACAACCCCAGUCACUAUCAUCUGAUAAAAGACAAGACUCAAAUAUAUCUGUGUCAGGAGUUGUAAAGCAUGAAUAUGUUAAUAAACCAGUGCUGGGAAAUUAUAUGACAGACUCAUUAGAUGACAACGGUUUAGUUAUAGAACAAAUUAUUACUACUACUACUACUACUGGUUGUUCAUUGUCCACUACAUCCGAGACAACAAGCAGAUCGUCUUGUUCAUUCCCUGCCUCACAAAUCACCCCAUCAGCUAUUGAAUAUACAGCGUUUAUAGACCCUGAAGCUCUUAUUCCUACCACAUCUGAGAAGAUAGCUCUGCACGAAGGUAUAGAAAGCGGUUUCAUCUCAAAAACAGAUUUGAAUCCUCAGUCGACUAUAUCUAAUACCUUAGAAGAUGAGACUCUUAUAAAUAAACCAUUCGCUCCUGAUAAUCAAGGAUCAUCAGAUGGUUCUCAACAAUGGAAUAGUUUAACAACUAGUAGCUUUUCAGCUCAAGUUGGAGAUCCGAAAACGAAAGAAACCCUAGAAAUUGAUAAUAUAGCGUCGGAAGAAGUUACUGACUCAUGUAAACAAAUCCACAGUACUGAUCUCACGGAGUCAUUCACAGAUGAAACUUCCUCCAGCUUUGAUUAUGAAAUGGUUAGUAUCACUGAAAGGGAAAAGUCACCAGAAAAACCCAGUCAGAAAAUAGGAAAAGAUGAUGAACUAGAAUGA